AUGCACUCUCUUCUUAUUUUUGCCGAUGACUCAUCGACUUUUGAAUCUUUAUUGGAUCCAAGUCGAUGGCCAAAAACAUUAAAAGAUGUUGAUAUUGAAGUAAAGACCCCCAGACAACUUCCACCAGCAUAUUCACUCAUCAUCCAACAAUUUCAUCGCAAUUGGAACGAAGAUGAAUGGCUUACUGAAUUACAACAGCAUUAUGUUUCUUUAUAUAGAAUUACAAGAAUGCGGGUCAAGGAAGGUUCUCCAUUAAAUGCUGUUCGAGCAGAUUUUAAAUCUAUUGAUGAAGUUAAAACACUAGUUCGAUCUGGAAAAAUAAAUGUUGGAAGUAUGAUUCAUCCAGUAAAACCUUAUCAUCUACCAAUACGUAUAAAUAAAUGUUUGAAAUGCUUGCGACACGAUCACUCAACAAAAACAUGUUCUCUACCUCGCUUAUGUCCAAGAUGUGCCGAAGCACAUUCACUUGAAAAUGGAUGUCCAAAUCAUGAAAGGUGUAUUAAUUGUGGUGGUAACGAUCAUAUGUCCGAAAAACGUCGGAACCUGGUCGAACAAUCAAAGAAACAAAAAGCAGAAUUAUUGAUACUAACUGAUCGACAACAACAUCAAUAUAAUUUUCAAGAAAAUGAUCAUCCAGCUUUAGCAAAUGACGACCCGCGGAAUAUACCCUCUCAUAUGCAACAACAAAUCACGGAAUCAUCUCAACGAUCAUAUGCGCAAGCAAUUCUAAAGCAACGUAAACAAAAUCCACAGCAAAAUAUCGAAUAUACUCUAUCAUCAUUUAUAUCCAAAAUGGAUAGCCGGUUAGAAAACUUUUCUUCUCGUUUGUCAUCACAAUUAUGUGAUAUCGAAAAGAAAAUAGAUGUUUAUGCUGAUCGCCAAUGUCAAUUAGAAAAGAUUAUUAAUGAAAUUAUUCUCCCAUCUAUUCAACUAUUAGGUCGAAUAUCAUUGCAAUCACCGAAGAAAAGAAAUGGACAAGAGGAUUUUAAUGCCUUUAAUAAUAAAAUUAAUGAAAUAUUGUUGAACCAGAAACAUCAAACGAACUAUCUCAACCAGCAACUAAUAACUGACCACACCGAUUCUCCAACUACAUAUGUCUAUCAUGACUAA